AUGAAUGAAGAUACCCAUGAGCCAGUUUUGGAAGUAGAAGUGUGUGGUGAGGGCUGUGCAGCAGGAGCAAUUCGUCCUCUAGUUUCCACUGUUAUUGCCUCUGCUGCAGAUGGCUGUUUAGACCACUCGUUGGAACGUGCCAGGUACCGAGCGAGUGAAAUGCCUCAGGCUUUCUUGUUUGAUAUCAUCUACGAAGCAUACCAACAGUGUACAGACUAUGACCUGGAUUAUGGAACUGAAUGUUUGCAUCUGGCUCUGAAAUACAGUAAGACAAACGCCAAACUUGUUGAAGGAACAGCUGACCUCUGGAAGGUGACCUACAAGCGGGAUCUGUAUGCAGCUGAAUCCAUUAUUAAGGACAACCUAUCACAACAAGUUUGUGUUAUUUCUGAUGCAAAGGAAGCUGUUGCACAAGUAGGUUUCCUCCUUCCUGAAUCUCUGAAAAAACAAAUAAAAGUUGACGCUAUAUCAGUGCCUCUAAGCAAAAAUGAUAUCCAUCUACAAAACAUCCUUUCAGGGCAGUGCUACAAUUUUGUUUGCAUAGAUGAUAAAAAGUGUGCCAUUCAAGGAACCCAGCAACUAGUGGAUAUGUUGGAAAAGUCAGAUAUUCCUCUCUUAUAUCCCGUUGUCCUUAUAUCGGUGCACUUGGAUAUUUCAGAAAAUACUUCUUCCAGCAUUGGGAUGGAAGAACUAACUAGGAUCAAGAAAUUUGCAAGGGAAACUAAAAAGAAAAACAUUCUAGUUUAUGGUCUCCUUAUCCAGUAUAAGGUAUGUAAUUAUUUUUCUAU